CCUUUGCUCUGUGCUACAAAGAAAUAAAGAAAGAAACAAUCGGAUUAAUUUCAGCUUAUUUUUCAGCCAUUGUUGUUGAACACAUAAACCUUACUCGCUAGUGAUGGAGAGGAAAUCAUGCUUUGGGUUUCUGUUUUUGCUCUUCAUUGUCUUGGCUUCACAAGAGAUGGUGGUGCCAACUGAGGCAAGGGUUUGUCAAUCACAGAGUCAUGGGUUCCAUGGAACAUGCCUCCGCCACCACAACUGUGCUCUUGUCUGCAGGAACGAGGGUUUCUCCGGUGGUAGGUGCCGUGGCCUUCGUCGCCGCUGUUUUUGCACUCGCCUCUGUUGAUGAUCAUCUUAUCCAGUGAUAAUGUUAUGUUUGUUCUGUGCAUGCAGCUGGGAACAUUAUCAAUAAACUAAGUUCUCUUCCAUACGGUCCAUUAAGGGAACUUGAUCUUAACAUGAAUUCUUGUUAGUUGUGGACUUUGUUAUUUUUCUUGUCAAUUGAGUGAGUAUCCCUGAUCAUCCUCA